CGAGUUUUUUCGGUUUCGCGGUUAUUGAAAAUCUCGUUUCCCGGGCGAGGGAACAAAAGCUAAAGGAUUAGGCUUCUUUUCCGAAUCGCAAUCGAUCGACGUUCUCCCCCUCAAUCUCCCAUCGUUUUAGGAAUCUGAUUAUAUAUUUAACAUUAUAUAUCAUUAUUGGAGAGCAUCAUUAAACAUGGAUAAUGGAGCUAAUAGAAGGAGAACGAGGAGAAGUGGAUCUGGUUUGGAGCAGACUAAUGGAGGAGAAGUUGUUACUCCAGCUCCUGAAAAUGUAUCUCAACAAAGCAAUGCCUCUGUACCUCUUAAAACACCAGAGGCAGAUAGUCACAUGAAAGAUCUAAAGGAAUCUACUAAUGAUGUAAACGUAAAAGGGAUAGCCAAUGGAGUUUCUGGUGAAGAGCAACAAGCAAGAACCCCUGUGACCAUAAAGAAAAGUUCUAAAACCAAAUUCUCAGGCUCGCAUCGUGAACUUGUACUUGGACUUCCUUGCCGUGGACAAUUUGAGAUCAACCGGAGUUCCAAGAAGCUUGGAGUUGGUGUUAAAAAGGAUGUACUUGUUUCAAGUCACAAGAGAGCUCCUAAAGAUUCUGCUGCUGCUGCUGCUGCAUCAUCUUCCGUUCAUGCUAACCCACCGCCUGUAAAUGGAUCAAAGAAAAAUAAGUAUGUGAAGAAAGUAGAAGUUAUAGAAGAUGAUGAGUACACAAGGAUCAAGAAGAAACUUCGGUAUUUUCUUAACCGGAUUAACUACGAGCAAAACCUUAUUGAUGCCUAUUCUUUAGAAGGCUGGAAAGGUUCAAGCGCGGAAAAGCUAAGGCCAGAGAAAGAGCUUGAACGAGCCAAGAAGGAGAUUCUACGACGCAAGGUUAAAAUUAGAGAGCUUAUUCAGCAUCUGGACACACUCUGUGCCCAAGGCAACAUUCCCGAGACUUUAUUCAAUUCUGAUGGAGAGAUUUCUAGUGAAGAUAUAUUCUGUUCAAAAUGUGGUUCGAAGGACGUGCAUCUUGAUAAUGAUAUCAUACUAUGCGAUGGGUUUUGUGACAGAGGCUUUCACCAAUACUGUGUUCAACCACCUUUGCGCAAAGAAGAUAUUCCUCCGGAUGAUGAGAGUUGGUUAUGCCCCGGAUGUGCUUGCAAAGAUUACACCUUCGACUUUCUUAAUGAUUCUUUAGGGACAAAGCUUUCAGUCAGCGACAGUUGGGAGAAAGUAUUUCCUGAGGCAGCAGCAGCAAUGGCUGGUGGUGGAGGUCAAAAUCUGGACUGUGAUCUUCCUUCAGAUGAUUCUGAGGAUGAAGAGUACGAUCCAGAUGGUUUGAAUGAUAAUGCAGAUGAUGAGGAUGGCAGUGAUGACAGUGAUGAGUCUGAAAACGAAAAUGGAAGUUCAGAUGAAUCUGCAUCUGACGAAAUGAUUGGAUCAUUUAAAGACGCAAAAGAUAUAAUGAACCUUCCGUCUGAUGAUUCUGAGGAUGAUGACUAUGAUCCUGAUGCCCCGACUCGUGAUGAAGAUAAAAUGCAGGAAAGUUCAAAUUCAGACAACUCAGACUCUGAGGAUGCUGAGACUUCCUCCAAAGGCGGUGAGUCUGAUGAGCAAGAUGAAGUUACGCCACGUGUGAAACCUGGCAGAAAGAAAUCUAAGCUCGCAGAUGUUUCCAUAUCAGAGUCAGAUGCUGGGAUUGAUGAUGAUGGUCUUGUAGCUGUUCCGGGGAGGAGGAAGGUUGAAAGGCUGGACUACAAAAAGCUGUAUGAUGAGGAAUAUGAGAACGCUCCGACUUCAUCAAGUGAUGAUGAGGAUUGGGAUAAAAUUGCUGGAAAAGAAGACUCCGAGUCAGGAGAUGAAGAUGAGGAAACUGUGCCUCUGAAACGGCCUUCAAAAGCAGAAGAUCAUACUUCUACUCAGAAACCUACACAGAGACCGAAAAUAGAAAAUAAGAAGGCUACUUUGAUAGCGCCACAAGAAGCACCCAGAGAAAAUGGUGUCUCUGGUGGAAAAAGCAGCUCUGCAUCAUCUAAACAGACAAAUCCCAAAACUCAGAGAUUGUUUGAGUCUUUUAAUGAGAAUCGAUAUCCAGACAUUAGCACAAGGGAGAACUUAGCCAAAGAGCUACAGAUGACAGUUAAACAAGUUUCUAGCUGGUUUAAUAAUACGCGUUUUUCGACAAGCAAAAGGAUGCUUUCAAAGGAAGGUGUUGAAAAGUUAAGAACAGGUAUUGAACGUGAAGGUGAGACAUCUGUUGCUGGAAGUAGCAAACAAACUGAACCAGUCACAGAGAAUCCGAGUGGAGCUUCGGAGUCAACCAGUACUGGAUCAAGAAAAAGAAGGAGAAGGGAUGACUCUGCAUCUGACGAAAUGAUUGGAUCAUUUAAAGACGCAAAAGAUAUAAUGAACCUUCCAUCUGAUGAUUCUGAGGAUGACGACUAUGAUCCUGAUUCCCCGACUCGUGAUGAAGAUGAAAUGCAAGAAAGUUCAAAUUCGGACAAUACAUCAGACUCUGAGGAUGUUGAGACUUCCUCCAAAGGCGAUGAGUCUGAUCAUCAAGAUGAAGUUAUGCUACGUGGGAAGCUAGGCAGAAAGAAAUCCGAGCUCCCAGAUGUUUCCAUUUCAGAGUCUGAUGCUGGAAUUGGUGAUGAUAGUCUUGUAGAUGUUCCGGGGAGGAGGAAGGUUGAAAGGCUGGACUACAAAAAGCUGUAUGAUGCAGAAUAUGAGAACGUUCCCACGUCAUCAAGUGAUGAUGAGGACUGGGAUAAAAUUGCAGGGAAAGAAGAUUCCGAGUCAGCAGAUGAAGGAGACACUGUGCCUCUGAAACAGCCUUCUAAAGCAGAAGGUCAUACUUCUACUCAGAAACCUAGUCAGAGACCGAAAAGAGAAUAUAAAAAGGCUACUUUGAUAGCGCCACAAGAAACACCCAGAGAAAACGGUUGCUCUGGUGGAAAAAGCAGCUCUGCAUCAUCUAAAGAUUCUAAACAGAAAAAUCCCAAAACUAAGAGAUUGUUUGAGUCUUUUCAAGAGAAUCGAUACCCAGAUAUUAGCACGAGGGAGAACUUAGCCAAAGAGCUACAGAUGACAGUUAAACAAGUUUCUAGCUGGUUUAAUAAUACGCGUUUUUCGACAAGCAAAACAAUGUCUUCAAAGGAAGAUGUUGAGAAGUUAAGAACAGGUGAGGAACGUGAAGGUGAGACGUCUCUUGCUGGAAGUAGCAAACAAGCUAUGGUAACCGAACCAGUUGCAGGGAAUCAGAGUGGAGCAUCGGAGUCAGUAAGUACUGGAUCAAGAAAAAGAAGUAGAAGGUAGAUUUGGAUUCUUAAUCAUGAAGGGUUUUAGUUAACUUGUGGAUCUGAAGACCUCGAAGUUGUAGGCAUUGCAAGAAUCAGUGAUGCGAAAGUGAAAAGUAGAGGCAAAAGAAAGAUAUAUUUCUUCAAAAAUAAAAUUUUGGAUAGAUUCAUUUUUAUUUGUAUGUUAUAAAUUUAUGAUUAUGAAAAAAUUUUGUUUAGAUUUUGACAGUUUUUUCCUGUUGUGGUUUUGUAAUGGAUAAAGAGACCGGUUUACUAUUUAUAAAUAUGGUCUAUACAACAGUCAACAGGUUUGCG